GGGGCGCCGACCGGCGUUGCAGGAAGCCACAGGAGGCGGCGCUCUGCUCCUUAUUGUCCUUGCAGAAGGCUCUGAAAGGCUUCGCGCACCGUUUGUUCCCCCCACAUUUGUCUUAAUGGCUACCGUGAAUAGCUCGCGUCCCACCUGAGAGUGGAAAGCUUCCUAGCAAGGUGACGGAUUCACAGUCUGGGCUGCAAACAAACCGCGGCUACGACUGACGGACCACCCCGAAGAGAGGAACGUGCGGAUCGAGAGCAGCAAGCUUCGCCAUGGCGGAACCGGCAGACAGACCGUCCGCAGCCGGCCAGAGACUGGGCACCCCCGAAAGCUUCGGGGUGUCCACCCUUGAGCCUGGCCUGCGUCCUCCUGCACAGCCACCUGGAAGAAAAGUCUCCAUCAGGGUGCAGAUGCUGGAUGACACACAGGAAGUCUUCCAGAUAUCGCAACGCUCCCCUGGCAAAGUGCUGUUUGACCUUGUUUGCAUACAUCUCAACCUGGUGGAGGGAGAUUACUUCGGGCUGGAGUACCAAGACCAGCGCAAGAUGAUGGUGUGGCUCGACCUGCUGAAGCCGACGCUGAAGCAGAUUCGGCGGCCCAAGAACACCAUCCUUCGUUUUGUGGUGAAGUUCUUCCCUCCUGACCACACACAGCUCAUGGAGGAGCUGACUCAGUAUCUGUUUGCCCUGCAGAUCAAGCGCGACCUGGCCUGCGGUAACCUUAUCUGUAACGACACCAGCGCCGCCCUCAUGGUCUCCCACAUCAUCCAGUCGGAGAUAGGAGACUUUGAUGAGACCCAGAGCUGGCAGCAUCUCCUCCACAAUAAGUACCUGCCCGACCAGGACGCCAUCAGGGACAAGAUCAUUGACUGCCACCGCAAGCAUGUCGGACAGACCCCCGCAGAGUCCGACUACCAGCUGCUGGAAAUCGCCCGGAGAUUGGAAAUGUACGGCGUUCGCCUGCACCCGGCAAAAGACCGCGAGGGUACCAAACUCAGCCUGGCUGUGGCACACACCGGAGUUCUAGUCUUCCAGGGCUACACGAAAAUAAACGCCUUCAACUGGUCCAAGAUUCGCAAACUCAGCUUCAAACGCAAAAGGUUCCUUAUCAAGCUGAGAGCCGACCCCACACAAAGCGGUCACCACGACACGCUGGAGUUUGCCAUGGCCAGCCGGGACUGCUGCAAGAUCUUCUGGAAGAUCUGUGUGGAGUAUCACGCCUUCUUUAGGCUCUUCGAGGAGCCCAAGCCUAAACCCAAACCUAUCCUCUUCACCAGAGGGUCUUCAUUCCGCUUCAGUGGUCGAACCCAGAAGCAGAUCAUUGAUUACGUGAAAGACUCAGACCCCAAGAAGGUUCCGUUUGAAAGGAAACACAGCAAGGUUCUGUGCAGUGGCAGCAUGCCGUAUCAGUCACAAAAGGAGAGUGGCAUGUCCGUACCCAUAGAAGAUCUACCGGACUCGUCCAGACAAGUGGAGUUGAAUGGCACACCGGAGCCGCCAGGGGCCACGUCCCCCGCCAACGGCUUCCAUGACGUACCUGCAGACCCUGGCUCAGAUGCAAGACAGAACCACGGAAGCCCUGCUGCCGAGGCUUCGCCGCUGCACUCGGUGGUGAAAGGGGCAGCAAAUGGCGGCGGCGUGGGCGUGGUGGCCCCGAGUCAGCUCUCACCGCUGACCACCCCGCUGCUCAUCGACGCCGGGUAUGUUCGCAACGACGAGGAAGACGAGGCCAGGAGGAAGAAGUUUCCCACAGACAAGGCCUACUUCAUCGCUAAGGAACUGCUGACCACCGAGCGCACCUACCUCAAAGACCUGCAGGUCAUCACGGAGGCUUUCCAGGGUGUUGCGGAGAAAGAUGAAGAAGCAUUUCCCAUGUCUGUCAGGAACCUGAUAUCGGCCAACUACGACCCCGUGCACAAGUUUCACCAGGCCUUCCUGACGGAGGUGGAGCAGAGACUGGCACAAUGGGAGGGUCGAUCCAACGCACACAUUAAGGGAGACUACCAAAGAAUUGGUGAUGUUCUGUUGAAGAACCUUCAGGGUGUGAAGCAGCUGACUGCUCAUCUGCAGAAGCACUCCGAGUGCCUGGUGGAACUGGAGCGAGUGUGUCGGUCGAGUCGCAAGGCGGAGGCUCUGUGUCGAGAGCUGGAACAGCAACGGGUGUGCUACCUCCCCUUUUACAUGUUCCUGCUGCGGCCGCUCCACCGCCUCCUACACUACAAGCUCAUCCUGGAACGGCUCUGCAAACACUACCCGCCCACCCACGACGACUUCAGGGACUCCAGAGCUGCACUGGCGGACAUCACAGAGAUGGUCCUGCAGCUGCAAGGCAACAUGAUGAAGAUGGAGAACUUUCAGAAGCUUCUGGAGCUGAAGAAGGACCUCACGGGCAUCGACAACCUGGCCAUCCCCGGAAGGGUCAGACACUUUGCAGGAGAUGAACGUCCUCCGUGCGGCACUAACGCCUUUGUGUGGGACUCACAGGAGUUCAUCAGGAUGGGAUGCCUCAGCAAGCUGUCGGGGAAGGGACUGCAGCAGCGGAUGUUCUUCCUGUUCAGCGAUGCCUUGGUGUACACAAGUCGGGGGAUGACCUCGUCCAACCAGUUCAAAGUCCACGGCCAGCUGCCCCUCUAUGGCAUGACGAUGAGAGAAAGUGAGGAAGAGUGGGGUGUCCCUCAUUCCUUCACACUGUUUGGACAUCAGCAGUCGGUGGUGGUGGCGGCCAGCUGUGCGGCCGAGAUGGAGCGGUGGGUGGAGGACAUCAGGAUGGCAAUAGACCUGGCAGAGCAGAGCAGCGGGCCUCACGUGGACCUGCUCUCCACCAGCCCAUCUGACAUUAAGCCGCCGGAGGACGGCGGCGGUGCCGAGCGGGAGUCGGAGGAGGAGCGGUGUGGCUCGCGUUCAUCGCUGGAGCGCCAAGCUCAGCGCGGGAACACCACCGUGCACGUGUGCUGGCAUCGCAGCACCAGCGUGUCCAUGGUGGACUUCAGCGUCGCCGUGGAGAACCAACUGUCAGGAAACCUGCUGAGAAAGUUCAAGAACAGCAAUGGCUGGCAGAAACUCUGGGUGGUCUUCACCAACUUCAGCCUCUUUUUCUACAAGUCGCAUCAGGACGACUACCCUCUGGCCAGCCUUCCUCUGCUGGGCUACUCCGUCACCAUCCCGUCCGAGGGUGAGAACAUCCACAAGGACUACGUCUUCAAACUUCACUUCAAGUCCCACGUCUACUACUUCAGGUCGGAGAGCGAGUACACGUUCGACAGGUGGAUGGAGGUCAUCCGGAGCGCCACCUGCUCUGCCAGCCGCUCCCUGCCGAGCACCAGGAAAGACCUUUAUUGACGGAGGUGCCUUCCCGCCACAGGGACUUCCGACGGACGCCGUAUCCCUGGUGUCUAUGUCAUCAGUACGUAGUCUUGACUCACGCUCGCAGGCCCUACUUCUGCACCGCCUGGUGGACAAUUUCCUUUUUUCUCUUUCAGGCAAAAUUAUUGUCACGCACGUAUGUUUCACAAACACCCCCGACAUGAACCACGAGGCUUGCUUUUUCCAGGCCUUCAAUGUCGUUUUCACUUUAGAGCCCUUUAGCGGUCAUUGAAAUUGCUCCAGACAUUUUUUUUAUAUAUAUAUAUGCAUUUUGGAUUUUCUCUCGUGUGCACAGCCUCUACGUAAGGGGUGUCCAAAGCGCAGCCGGAGGAGGCCUUUUGCGACCCAUGGUGGUUUCUUUAUUGGCCCACGGCACUUCAUUUAACAUGGACACUUAAAACAAAAAACAAUGAAAAUGGAAAAAUCAGCAGUAAUUUUCCACGAAUGAAGCCAACAUAUUAUUUGUAAUCUGACAAGAAAAAGGUGUCAUUUUACGAGAAUGAACUCACAAUAUUGUGACGGAAAAUAGUCAUUUCACUAGCAUGAAGUUGAAAGAUUAAAGAAAAAAGGCUGGUUUUUUUAAUGGUAAUAUUAUGAGAAGCAAAAAAAUAAAUCAAGUUGUCGUUUUUUGGAAAAUUAGGUUGCGGAAAAAGUUAUUGCAUUACGAGAAUAAAGUCAAAAUAUGAUGGAAAUAAAGUAAUGAUUAUGAGGACAAAAUUUACAUAAAGGAAGUUGAAAUAGUUGGAAAUUAAAAAAAAAAAUGACAGUGUAAAUGGCAAAGGACAGCUGUAAUUUUACGAGAAUAAAGUCAAAACAGUCGCAGUUUUACAGGAACAAAGUCAAUGUUAUGAGGAAAAAUAAAGUCAUAAGCAUAAAGUUGAGCUAUUAAGGAAAAAUAUGCUGUUUUUUUCAAGUCGUAAUAUGAAAAACUAAACAAAAUAAAGUUUCAAUAUUUGGAAAAUUAAGAAAGAAACAGCAAGAAUGGGGGAAAAAACGAGCAAAGACGCAAGUUAAUUUUAACAAUACGCUCCUACUCUUUCAACCUAAGAUGCAUUUAGCCACUUAGCUGCUGCUUCUUCUAUUGUUUAUUGGCGGUUAGCUGGUUUGCCACAGCAGGAAAUGGCACAAAGGAGACUGAGGGAUUGACAAUUGUCUACGGCCAAUCAGGACACAGAACACAACGGGCGGGUUCUCCUUUCAAUCAGGACCGUUGUGGCUCUAUAUGUAGCCGGCUAUUGUCUACCGUGGGUUCCUAAUAUGCUGGUACAGGCACGUGAACACAUACUGAGACCAGGUGGAACUCUCACGUGAGUAUACAACCCCCUCUAGUGGUAGCAGUAGUAAACACUAACACACACGUGCAGCACAGCGCCCACAGAUGGCUCGAACACACCACAAGGAUGCGCAACACAAUGCACGUUCAUACGAUAUUCAAAAAAACCGCGAAAGAGUCGUGGUCCCGGUUCGUGGUGUUGUCUUCAGUAGGACCAGCAUACAGUAUACUGUAGGGCGUGGCUACAUGUCAUGCAACGACACUUUCUAACAGAGAAAUAUCUUUCAUAUUUUGUAAGCAGCCUUUUGUACAAAACUUUGAUACACUGUGAAAUGAUCUGCUUUGUGUAACUCUUCCAUGGCUCCUUCUCUUCACCUUCACCUGACUUUUCUUCUUUUGGCAAAUCUCAAAUGUUGCUUUUUCUAAUAAAGACGACAACAAAGCGCCAUUUGCCGAAUGUUGUUAUUCCAGAAGCAAAGCAUAAGAGCAGUGUUCCGGCCCAAUUUCCCGUCAUUCCGCAACAUUUCCCUUAUUUUCACGUGCAAAUAUUGUCAUCUCAGCUGGCUUUGUUAUUAGUAGCGUCAACUUUGUUUCCAAUUGUUGCUUUAAGACUGUAAAAGCCCUCACAAUACACUUUAUACACUUUUCUCAGACCGGCGGGAACAUUUUCUCACAUUUUCUCUUGUUUAAACCCUGUCAAAGAGGUUCAAACCAUCGUGUGAAUUUUAAUGAUCAACAUAAGUAAUGACAAGAUGAACGCCUUUUUUUUCUCCUGUGACCGUGCCUUUUCGUCCUGGCGCCUGCACUAUAGCGUUUUGUAUCCUUGUUCAAACUUAUUGUUGACGUCCCCCUUCGAACCGAAGCUUCAUUUGCAAGCUAGCAAGCUAGCAAUGACACAGGAGACAUGCGGGGCGGCACGAAGGAGAUUGAUUGACAAUGGUCUACAGCCAAUCACGACGCAGAAAACAAUGGGCGGUGCAGCCAGAACGAGGGAAGAGAAACACUCAACUUCCCACAGUGCAAUACUUCUUAAAGGGCCAGGCACGGCGUGUACCCGCGUUCAUCUGCUGUAAUAAAAAAAAAAAAAAAAACAGAAGAAGCGCUCAAAGAACACUAUUCAUUCACUGUAUUCUCAGGGCAUUGAAUCGAUCGCAACUGGUCGGUUCAGGUUGUCCUCGAAGACGUUUGCCUCUCAUGCCAGCAGGAUUGAUGUGUUCACGGCCAAACACUCCGUAGGACAGCUCUUGUCUAGUCUGUUUAGACUGCUGUGCUCUUGUUCUACAUGAAGUGGAAGUGCCGUAUCUUGAGUUUGGUGUGUUUUGGUUUAAUUUUAUUCCACUCCUAUAAACUUGUUUCCAGGAGGCCUUUUUUUCAGGUCGCAACUUCAGGAAGUCGACAUAUGGUGUGAUCGUUAACCGCUGGUCAGUGCUUUCGGUUACUUCCUCUUGAAAGUGUUUGUUUUGUAAGAAUUUAGGCAAGGCAGCAAUGGGAAGUUUUUUUUUUAGCUAAAGACCCACCACACUGUCACGACUCCUGAACAAGACACGGCUGGACGCCGGAUUCUCCAAUAAUUGUCCAAUAUCCUGUUUUGUAGGCGACACAGCGUAUCACCAUUAGCGUUUAUUAGCAUCAUCAUUUCAACCUUUUUUUCACAAUUUUUGCUGUUUUUUUGUUGCAGUUUUUCUUGUUUCAUUGUACAGGUGCAUCUGAAUGAAUUCAGUACCCAUGAACAGUUAAUUUAUUGCAACAGUGAAACUCUUUUGUAUAGAUUCACUGCACACAGAGUGAAAUGUUUUAAUGAUGUCAUUUUUAAUUUCUGAAUCAUUGUGAUGGUUACCUCUG